AUGGCAUUCCUAAGAUUAGGCUCCAAACCUGAAUGCUUUCAUCGUGAAGGACUCAAUUGGUUUUGCUCAAGUGGGCUUUCAAGUGAUGUCGCCAUUGAAGUUCAAGAUAUGUGCUUUAAUCUUCACAAGUUUCCAUUGAUUUCAAGAAGCGGUUUGUUAAGCAAGCUCAUCGAACAACUUCCCUACGAGGAUGGAUCCGUCUGCGCAUUAAAGCUCCCCGAUCUUCCAGGCGGCGCCAGGGCUUUUGAGCUCGCCAUGAAAUUCUGUUAUGGAGUCAAAUUCGAGCUGACAGCUCUCAACAUUGUCAGCCUGAGAUGCGCGGCGGAGUAUCUUCAGAUGACUGAAGAUUUCGGGGAGAAGAAUCUGAUUCUGAAAACCGACCAGUUCUUGAAAGAGGUUUUCACCGAUUGGACCGAUUCACUCAGGGCUCUGAAAACCUGUCAGGAAGUUCUCCGUCCGGCGGAAGAUCUCUACAUCGUCUCCCGCUGCAUCGAUUCAUUGGCAACGAAAGCAUGUUGUUCUAGCAUUCAAGAUUCAACUACCCAUCUACCUCAAUCCACACCGGCGAUUGAAAUCUCCGACGAGAAUGUAGUCGCCUGGAAUGGGAUUUCAUCGGCGGCAGGGCAAAAAGCAGAGCAUUUACAGGGGUGGUGGUUUGAUGACGUCUCGUUCCUCAAUUUGCAGCUCUACAAGCGUCUGAUAAUGGCGGUUGAAUCCAAGGGGAUGAACCCAGAAAUGAUUUCCGGUUCGGUGAUGUAUUACGCCCGAAAGUAUCUACCUUUGACGACAAGCCAGCAGCUCCGGCCAGGUGCUACUCCGGUCAUAUCAAAUUUGCUUCCUUCUGAAGAAGAUCAGCGAAUGUACCUCGAGGAACUCGUCACGCUACUGCCCACCAAAAAGGGAGUGACUCAAACCAGCUUCUUGCUCUCCAUUCUCCGAGCCGCCAUUUUCCUACAAGCAAGCUCGUAUUGCAGGGAGAAUUUGGAGAGGAGAGUGGGAGCUCAGCUUGACCAAGCUGCUCUGCAGGAUCUCCUGAUACCAAACAUGGGCUACUCUGUUUCCGAGACGCUUUACGACGUGGAUUGCAUCCAGAGAAUCGUCGAUUACUUCCUGAUCACGUCACAAGAGGCUAAUUUGUCAGCUUCCAUGGUCGAAGAGGGGGCAGAGUUCAUGGUGGAGAGGGAGGCGUUAACUUCGAUGACGAUUGUAGCGAGUCUGAUUGAUGGGUUUCUUUCGGAGAUCGCUCCUGAUGUGAACAUGAAGCUGUCGAAAUUCGAGACGCUUGCAGCGACGAUUCCUGAUUAUGCUAGACCCGUGGAUGAUGGGCUUUACCAUGCGAUUGAUGUGUACUUGAAAGCUCAUCCAUGGAUGACAGAGUUGGAGAAGGAACAGUUGUGCAGACUGAUGAAUUGUCAGAAGCUUUCUCUGGAAGCAAGCACUCACGCUGCUCAGAAUGAACGGCUGCCUCUCAGGGUUGUGAUUCAGGUUCUGUUCUUUGAGCAAUUGAGGCUCAGGACUACUGUUUCAGGGUGGUUCUUUGUGUCUGAUAAUCUGGACAACCCUCACCACCACCUCAUCGGCGAGAUUAACAACGGUAAUGUAAUCGAUCGAAUCGAGGAUGAGAUUCGACUCGCGGUACCUGGGGAUGAUGAGAUGAAGGAGAGGGUGUCGGAGCUCGAGAAGGAGUGCUUUGACAUGAAGGAGGAUAUUGAGAAGUUGGUGAAGAACAAGAAGAGUUGGGGGAUUUUUUCCAGGAGCAUUCGUUUGAAGCAGAAGUUGCAGUCGUGUAACUCCGAAAAGUCCUGCGAGUUCAAAGAACCAGCACCGCUUUCGACACUCACAGCUUCCAUUGAUGAACAAGAAGAACAUAGUAAUGACAUUGCAGAGGUUGCUGCUCCCCAGGGUUUUAAGUUCCAUUGACCCCAAGAAAAAAAUAAAAUAAGAUUCUGUUCCAAUCUCUUGUGUAUGGUUGUUUAUAGAAAGCUUAGAUUGUUACAAACAGAAAAAAAAAAAAUGAAUGUUGGCCAAACCAUUAAAUUUCAAAUUUCUCUACCAUUUGUUUAACAAUAUUCCUUUCUUGUGGAUCUUAUUAGCAUUGAGAAGAAAACAAUGAAAUGAAAGUGGGAAACGCAAUAGGCAAUAGCAGGUCUUCAUUUUUCUUGUGAAGCC